UUGUUUUGCCCAAUAAUAAACACAAGAAGCAGAUAGAUAAGCGAAGGUGCCAUUACAAAUAUCUUCAGUUUAGGAAAUGGCAGCUUCUUUAGCUUCUCAACUUUCUGGUCCAAAAUCUGCCAUUUCCUUUUCCUCUCCACCACACUUUUCUGGUCUCCGUCCAUCUUCUAAUUUCAAGCUUGACAAUACUCACUCUUUUUUCCAAAAUGUUGACUCUCACUUACGCCUUUCGCCCUCUCACAAACCUUGCAGACCCGUCGUCUCCAUGGCUGGCUCCGGCAAGUUCUUUGUUGGUGGCAACUGGAAAUGUAAUGGAACAAAGGACUCCAUAAGCAAGCUUGUAUCUGAUCUGAACAGUGCGAAACUCGAGUCAGAUGUUGAUGUGGUUGUAGCACCUCCCUUUCUGUACAUUGAUCAAGUGAAGAGUUCACUAACUGAUAGGAUUGAGAUUUCUGGUCAGAAUUGCUGGACUGGCAAAGGUGGAGCUUUCACGGGUGAAAUCAGCGUGGAACAGUUGAAGGAUGUUGGCUGCAAGUGGGUCAUUCUUGGUCAUUCUGAGCGGAGACAUGUAAUUGGAGAAAAUGAUGAAUUUAUUGGGAAGAAGGCCGCUUAUGCCUUGAGCCAGAAUGUUGGAGUUAUAGCCUGUAUUGGAGAGCUAUUGGAAGAAAGAGAAGCUGGAAAAACUUUUGAUGUAUGUUUCAAGCAGUUGAAGGCAUUUGCCGAUGCUUUACCAAGUUGGGAUGAUGUUGUCAUUGCAUAUGAGCCUGUAUGGGCUAUUGGAACUGGUAAAGUGGCGUCACCUGAGCAGGCUCAGGAGGUCCAUGCAGCUGUUCGUGAUUGGCUAAGUAAGAAUGUUUCUGCAGAAGUUGCUUCUAAAACACGCAUCAUAUAUGGAGGCUCUGUGAACGGAGGCAACUCUUCUGACCUGGCGAAGAAAGAAGAUAUUGAUGGCUUUCUAGUGGGGGGUGCUUCUUUAAAGGGUCCUGAGUUUGCCACCAUUAUUAAUUCUGUAACAUCCAAGAAGGUAGCUGCUUGAUCAUUUGUCACGGGUUGUAGUCGUUGAAAUAAAUGGCUUAGAGAAAUAGCAGUGCUGGAAGCAUCAGAUGGUCAAUUUAUGAAUGAGUUUUAUCUAGUGGAAUUUUGGUAACUUUCCAACUCAUCCUGUAUAACUUGUUUUUCAUCCAUCUCAUUUUAAUAACACAGUGAAAGCAAAAUGUGGAGCUUCAGAGUGUAAAUUUUUUUUUAUAGCGGGGUUUGGAUGUGUUGUAUGUUCCUUGACACUAAUUAUACCAAAGUUUGCUGAAGUUACUUGACCCCUCCCAACACCCCCAACCCAAAAUAAAUAUCUAUGCUUCAAAUGAUGAA